AUUUUAUAUACCCAUAGCAAAUUCAAUGAGGAUUGCGGACGCUCCCGUCUGGCCGCCGCCUUCCUGAACAAGCGACGUGGUCUGGACGCCUGCCGUGUGUCAUCCAGUGCCGAUGGAGAGGUGCAGAUCGUGCCCGCCUCCGAGCUGGAGCAGCACAAGGAUGCACAGCUGGUGUGCCCCAGCAUGGAGCGACGACCGGUCACCGAUUUCCGUGCCUGCAACGUGGACGUGGGCCUGCCCCGGGCCAUCUUCAUCAGGACAGAUGCCACCAGUGUGGAGCAGGAGACCGUCAAGCAUCUGUUCUCCUUGAUCUCGGACAAGUUCGGUGCCCAUGGCAAGUUGGUCGAUGUCUUCGCACUGUUCGGCGAGUUCCAGAAGGGCAAGAAGAACGUUUACUUCCACGACAACGCCGUUCAGCUGGUUACGGAGAUCAAGAGCGAAAUCCAAAACGAGCAGAUCUACGCAGAUCUCCAGUGUGAUGCUAACAAGAUCACCAAGCAGUGAGCACGGAGCACGGAGCACGGAUUUUACUACCAAUGUAUAUCUCCGCCCCAUUCGCAAUCUGCUUCAAUAAAUUUUAAUCUGAAUAUUACUAAAAA